CUCUGCAUCGCCUGCUGUACCUCACACCUAAGAGUGCGGGAAGCUCCAUGGAGGGACCCAGUGUCUGACGUCACACCCCCUGUCCCCUGCAGGUGUUCCAUGUGGCCUAUGUACUCAUCAAGUUUGCCAACUCACCUCGGCCUGACCUCUGGGUGCUGGAGCGGUCCACAGACUUCGGUCACACUUAUCAGCCGUGGCAGUUCUUUGCCUCCUCCAAGAGGGAUUGUUUGGAGCGGUUUGGACCUCGGACUCUAGAGCGCAUCACGCAGGACGACGAUGUUAUCUGUACCACAGAAUACUCACGAAUAGUGCCUUUGGAGAACGGCGAGAUCGUGGUGUCCUUGGUAAAUGGGCGCCCUGGGGCCUUGAACUUCUCCUACUCACCACUACUUCGAGACUUCACCAAAGCCACCAACAUCCGCUUGCGGUUUCUGCGAACCAACACGCUACUGGGCCACCUCAUGGGCAAGGCGCUGCGGGACCCCACAGUCACUCGCAGGUAUUAUUACAGCAUCAAAGAUAUCAGCAUUGGUGGUCGCUGUGUCUGUCAUGGCCACGCAGAUGUCUGUGACGCCAAGGACCCAUUGGAUCCUUUCAGGCUGCAGUGUGCCUGCCAGCACAAUACAUGUGGAGGCUCUUGUGACCGAUGCUGUCCAGGCUUCAAUCAGCAGCCGUGGAAGCCUGCCACCACGGACAGCGCCAAUGAGUGCCAGUCCUGCAAUUGCCACGGCCAUGCCUACGACUGUUACUAUGACCCUGAGGUGGACCGGCGCAAUGCCAGCCAGAACCAGGACAACGUGUACCAGGGUGGAGGUGUCUGCCUGGAUUGCCAGCAUCACACUACGGGUAUCAACUGUGAGCGCUGUCUGCCUGGCUUCUUCCGUGCCCCUGACCAGCCGCUCGACUCACCUCAUGUCUGUCGGCCCUGNGACUGUGAGUCAGACUUCACGGAUGGGACCUGUGAAGACUUGACGGGCCGCUGUUACUGCAGGCCGAACUUCACAGGAGAGCUGUGUGCUGCCUGCGCUGAGGGCUACACGGACUUCCCACACUGCUACCCUCUGCCUUCAUUUCCCCACAAUGACACGAGAGAACAGCUGCUUCCCGCUGGACAGAUUGUGAACUGUGAUUGCAAUGCUGCAGGGACCCAGGGCAAUGCCUGCCGGAAGGACCCAAGGUUGGGACGGUGUGUCUGCAAACCCAACUUCCGGGGUGCCCACUGUGAGCUCUGUGCUCCUGGAUUCUACGGGCCUAGCUGCCACCCAUGCCAGUGUUCCAGCCCUGGGGUAGCCAACAGCCUCUGUGACCCAGAGUCUGGCCAGUGCAUGUGCCGCACUGGCUUUGAGGGGGACAGGUGUGACCACUGUGCCCUUGGCUAUUUCCACUUCCCUCUCUGUCAGNUGUGUGGCUGCAGCCCAGCAGGGACCCUGCCUGAAGGCUGUGACGAGGCUGGCCGCUGCCAGUGCCGACCUGGCUUUGACGGUCUUCACUGUGACCAAUGCCUUCCGGGAUACCAUGGGUAUCCCGACUGUCACGCUUGUGCCUGUGACCCUCGGGGGGCCCUGGAUCAGCAGUGUGGAGUGGGCGGUUUGUGCCACUGCCGUCCUGGCUACACGGGUGCCACUUGUCAGGAAUGUAGCCCCGGCUUCUACGGCUUCCCCAGCUGCAUCCCCUGCCACUGCUCUGCCGAUGGCUCCUUGCAUACAACCUGUGACCCGACAACCGGCCAGUGUAGGUGUCGACCCCGAGUGACAGGACUACAUUGUGAUAUGUGUGUGCCAGGCGCCUAUAACUUCCCCUACUGCGAUGCUGGCUCUUGUCAUCCUGCUGGUCUGGCCCCAGCCAAUCCUGCCCUUCCUGAGGGCAAUGGGCAAUGCUUCUGCAAGGCUCACGUGUGUGGCAAGACCUGUGCAGCCUGUAAGGAUGGCUUCUUUGGCCUGGAUCAUACUGACUACUUUGGCUGCCGUAGCUGUAGGUGUGAUGUUGGUGGUGCCCUGGGUCAAGGCUGUGAACCAAAGACAGGUGCCUGCAGGUGCCGCCCUAAUACCCAGGGACCCACCUGUAGCGAGCCAGCGAAGGACCACUACUUGCCAGACCUGCACCACAUGCGGCUGGAACUAGAGGAGGUGGCCACUCCCGAGGGCCACGCUGUACGCUUUGGCUUCAACCCCCUGGAGUUUGAGAACUUUAGCUGGAGAGGCUACGCACACAUGACAGCUAUCCAGCCCAGGAUUGUGGCCAGGCUGAACGUGACCUCCCCUGACCUCUUUCGGCUGGUUUUCCGAUAUGUCAACCGUGGAUCAUCCAGCGUGAAUGGGCAGAUCUCUGUUCGUGAAGAGAGCAAGCUUUCCAGCUGUACCAACUGCACAGAGCAGAGCCAGCCAGUGGCUUUCCCACCCAGCACUGAGCCUGCCUUUGUCACUGUGCCCCAGAGGGGCUUUGGGGAACCCUUUGUGCUGAACCCCGGCAUCUGGAUCUAG